UGCUCUGAAGCUCCACUCGCUUCAUUCUGCGGAGCGCUGUCACACUCGAGCAUCUUAUUCAAACGCCGUGCAGUGAGCUGAAUGGAUGAACAGCUUGUGAACUCUGUGUACCGCAUUCAGCGCUUCAGCCGACGGACAUUACAGCCAAAUGAGUGACUGAAGGAGUGAACAAACUAGUUAGACAUUAGAGUCGUCAUGCAGUUCUUAAUACAAAGACCCUCGCGUUUCGGAUCCAGACAUCACUGAGACUUUAUUGUAAUGCGCUGCCGUGGAUUUCUCCAAGAGAGCAGCUGAAGUGCUUUUUCCGCCCUCAUUUUUAUUUCAUGAGUUCAAAUUGGUUCGCGUUCGCCUGCCAUGUUCCAAUGAGAAUGUCUUUUGUUUAGAAACUGUAUACUUAUGCCGUAAAGAAAAGCGCAAGCCUAAAGCCAAAUGGCUUUUACUGUCAUAGGAACCCUGUUACUGAUGCUCUCUAACAUCUAUAGCUCUUCAGGGUCCCGCCCACGUUUGGAUGAUGUUCCCCCCAGGAUAGUGGAGGAUCCCUCUGAUCUGAUCGUGUCAAAGGGUGAGCCGGCCACACUGAACUGCAAGGCAGAGGGUCGACCCACGCCCACGGUGGAGUGGUAUAAAGACGGCGAGCACGUUGAAACCGAUAAGGACGACCCUCGCUCUCACCGCAUGCUUUUGCCCAGCGGCUCUCUUUUUUUCCUGCGCAUCGUUCAUGGACGCCGCAGCAAACCUGACGAGGGAGUUUACACUUGCGUUGCCCGCAAUUACCUAGGAGAGGCCGUUAGCCGAAACGCCUCACUGGAAGUAGCUAUUCUCAGGGAUGAUUUCCGCCAGCCUCCCAAUGAUGUGGUGGUGGCAGCAGGAGAGCCCGCUGUGCUGGAGUGCGUCCCUCCCAGGGGUCACCCCGAGCCCACCGUUUCCUGGAAGAGGAACAAUGUUCGUGUCAAUGACAAGGACGGCAGGAUCUCUAUGCGUGGUGGUAAGCUAAUGAUUUCUCACACCAGGAAAAGUGACGCAGGCAUGUACGUGUGCGUAGGCACCAAUAUGGUGGGCGAGAGAGACAGUGAUCCAGCCGAACUCGUUGUGUUUGAGAGGCCAGUGUUCAUCCGCAGACCUGUGAAUCAGAUUGUUUUGGCUGAGGAGACUGUUGACUUCUUGUGUGAGGUUCAUGGAGACCCGGCUCCGACUGUCCGCUGGAACAGAGACGAAGGAGAACUACCGCGGGGGAGAUUUGAGAUCCGUGGUGACAACAGCCUGCGUCUGGUAAGGGUCAGAGCAGAGGACGAGGGCACUUACACGUGUGUCACAGAAAACAGCGUGGGCAAAACCGAAGCCUCCGCCGUGCUGCAGGUCCACGUGCCCCCACAGAUUGACGUACGUCCCCAGGAUCAAGUCGCUGCUCAAGGACGGACUGUAACUUUUCAAUGUGGCACCCAGGGAAACCCUCUUCCUGCAGUUUUCUGGCAAAAAGAAGGCAGUCAGAUGCUGCUUUUCCCCGGCCAACCUCCUUCCCAGUCGGGCCGUUAUUCUGUGUCCAUGAGUGGAGAGCUGUCCAUCUCUGAUGUUCACUCUGAGGACUCCGGCUCCUAUAUCUGCCAGGCGAUCAGUGUGGCAGGAAGUGUCCUCGCCAAGGCUCUGCUGGAAGUGGAAACUGGCCCAUCAGAUCUCGUCCCUCCAAUUAUCCGACAGGGCCCAGCCAACCAGACGCUCGCUUUAGGCUCCAGCGCCCUACUCCAGUGCCAUGUGAUGGGCAGCCCAAUCCCCAGCGUCAGGUGGGAGAAGGACGGGCAAAGCGUUCUGAGCGAUGACAUUCACAUAAGCCUAAUGGAAAACGGCACUUUACACAUCAGCGGCUUGAAGGAGACUGACUCAGGGACGUACACCUGUGUCGCAUCCAGUUCCACUGGUGAGACGAGUUGGAGUGGGACCGUGACAGUGAAAGCGACUGGAACAUCGUCCGUCCCGCGGGUCUCGCAGUCCCUGCAGCUGCCUGGUCCUCCUCAGAAGCCCGUGGUGACAGAUGUGACCUCAAAUAGCGUCACUCUCACUUGGCAGCCCAACCCACAUGAGGGCGGAGCUGCUGUCACUUCCUACAUCAUUGAGGCUUUCAGUCAGUCAGUGGGCAGCACAUGGCAGACUGUAGCUGAUCUCGUGAGGCUAGAGAAGCACACAGUGUCUGGGCUUUACCCCAAUACCGUGUACCUUUUCAUCAUCCGAGCGAUCAACUCCUACGGCCUGAGUGACCCCAGCCCUAUCUCAGAGCCAGUCCGAACACAAGAUGUUCCAGAAGGUCAGGGGAAAGACCAGGCACAUGUGCAGAUGGAUUUAGGAGGGGUCAAGGUUCAUCUGCAGACACCCAAAAUCUUGAGCCCUACAAGUGUUAAAAUCACAUGGAUUCUUGACCGGCAUCCUCGCUAUAUUGAAGGUUACAGGCUGUAUUACAGGCCUGUGGGGAGUGCGUGGAUGAUCCAGGACGUAAAAGCAGGCCCCCUACACACUGCUGUCCUAACAGAGCUAUACAGUGGAAAAGAAUACGAGUUUAAAAUGAGACCGUAUUACAAUGAGUUUCAGGGGAUUGACAGUGAAAUAGCUGUGGUUCGCACUCCUGAUGAAGUGCUGAGCGGCCCUCCUCAGGGAGUCGGCGUGGUGCAGUUAAGUAACAGUUCAACCGUACGAGUGUCCUGGCAGCCUCCUCCCCCUGAUGUACCAGAAGAGCUCAUACAAGAGUACAGGGUGUGGUGUGUAGGAAACGAGUCUCAGCAGAUGAUCAACAGGAGUGUGGAUGGGGAUACGCUGUGGGUGCUGUUGGAUGGGCUGUUGCCUGAGUCUAUGUAUCGCGUGCAGGUCGCAGCGGUGACAAGUGCAGGAGUGGGCGCUCAUAGCCAACCUGUUUUCAUCUUCCUGAAAGUAGCAAUAGAUCAGUCGUUGUCAGUGGUGAAGGAUGAUAUCGUCAGCCUAUCCGAGCAGAUCACAGGGGUGGUCCGUCAGCCAGCUUUCAUCGCCGGGAUUGGUGUAUCAUCCUGGAUGGUUCUAAUGGGUUUCAGUGCCUGGAUCUACUGCAGACACAGGAGGAGGAAAGAACUUGGACACUAUACUACUUCCUUUGCAUAUACGCCCGCAGUUGCUCUCUCUCGAGGUGAUGGGUCGGAUCUUAUAAAUGGAAGGCCAUGUUUGUUGGAGUCACAUUUGGGUAACUACCCUUGGCUGGCUGACUCGUGGCCUACCAGCAACUUCUCUCGAAAUGGAAAAGACUCGGUCAACUGCUGUGCAGGCGGACUUGAUUCCACAGAUCAAUACUACAACACUUCAGGAUUAUCAAAUUAUAUGAGCCAGAAUGGGAAGUACAGCCCGGCCUCUAAUGAAGGCGCCAUAUACUGUACCAUCAACCCAGCCGAUGCAGAUGGGCAUGAUGUGUGCAGCCUGUACUCUCAGGGUCCAGACCCAUACACCAGCACUCCAGUCCUCUCCAAAACUGACCUCUACAGCAUGGAGCAGGACCUGGAUCAGUGGAGCCUUCAGUCCAGCCACAGUGGAGCAGAAUAUGCAAAGCUUCAGUACCCAAGAGGCGAAAAUGCCAAACUGAUGAAGCAGAAGUCUCUAGGACAAACCACUUCACCAACUUGGUCUGAUGUGAUGUCCCUACAUUCAGCACAAAACAAGGAAGUUCAAAACACAGACAAAAGACACAGCCUUGAGGAGGAUGAAGAGUGGUGUCCUCCACUGCCUGAGCGAUCUUAUCUGAUUGAGGGUCUGGAGGACGUAGCCAUUCUGCCUUUGAGAGGAGAGGAAACCAACAGGGUCACGACCUAUAGCCUGCAGUCCACAGCAACUCUCACACCCUCCCCCAGCGAGGAGCAGUACCCGCCAAACCUGCACCAUCCAGACCUGCUGCCACGGAAAACACAGUGUGCACACAAUACACAGUUUGCUCUUUCCAACCCAAAUCUGUUAACCAAGACAGAGUCUCUAAAUGGCAGCGUUCCCAACCACAGCGGUCCUUGGAGAGAUAUUGCUGAAAUGGAGGAACUGUUCUCCAACAACACAGGCACGAGAGAAUAUACAUCAUUCACGUCCUCAAUUCAGAAGCCCAGGCCUAAGAAGAAAUCUCAAAAGGAUGGCUUUGCGAGACGAGAAGUGUUGAAACCAGGGAACUUGCCUCCUCCACCUGAGCCCCCUCCUGUAACGGAGGACCCACUCAAGCACCUGAAAGACAACGGCGGGAGCAGGACGCCCCCACAACACAGAGAGAGAAGAUCAGACCGCAGAACAGCUGCACAGUGGAGCACACAAGAUGAAGAUUUAAUCCAGUAUUUCAAAGCAAACCUGCUGUCCAGUGGUCAGAUGUCCAGCCACUGUUCCCUCUCCAGAAGCUCUGCCUCUCAAUCCUCUGCAACCUCGCGUUCCUUGGGGGCAGGAAGGAGGAGAAACGAGAACAUGAUAUGAAGAGAGGAAGUUGCCCUGUUGUUCACCACUCUACAUGCAACAUACGCCAUGCAGUGUAUAUGCCUCCACGCUCUGGUCCUUCACCUUUUUUUGUUCGUCAUUUUUGUCUCUGUAUUUUUUUAGAAACGUUUUUUAAAUGAUCCAUUGUUGUCCUACCUCUGUAUGUAUAUAUUUUUACAAUGUUUUUGUGUGAGGAAAAAGGCAUGCCGGAAGGUGUGCGAUUUUAUUAUUUAUUAUUAUUAUUUAUUGUAUUUAUUAGUUUAAAAAGAAAAUCAAAUGUUUAAAAAUAUGUCAGAAAAUUUUAGAUGAACAUGAUGUUUGAAUGUAUCUGGCGCAUACAUGUACGCCUCAAUGUCUACAUGUAAUAAAAAGGUGUUUCAACAUUUUUGUGAAAAAUAUAGCAGAUAUUAUCAGGCAGAGUCUAUGUGAACAAACCAUCCAAUCAUACAUUAGUAAGCCUAUAGAAUACCAAAUGUUUCUUGUUGUAAAUCCACACUUUGACUGUCUCCUUACUAUCCUGUGCUCACUGAAAGGUUUUUCAUUUCUCCUGGAGAAUGAUUUAUGCCAUGUCAGACUGUUUUCCACUAAUGCAUCAAUCAUAUGCAGUUUUACAUGUUCGGAUUGCAUACAAAACACAAUAAAACUCAUGUUCUAAGA